CCAAAACUUUUCUGCGUUCUCUGAAUUGGGCUCUUGAUUUCAAAAGAGACGCACUUUGGAUCCCAGGGGAAAGAUGCAGAGACUCGUCUCUUUCAAGCUCGCUUCAAGCCUCUCACGAAACCUCUCGGGCACCACCGCCGCCGCCACGUCUUCGUUCCUACGCCAUUCCCGCCUCUGCGACUCCUCCACCGUCGCCAGGCCGAGCCGCGCCAAGCUCGGCGUUUCUUUGCCCCGUUCCUCCUUCUCCGACAACGCUCCAUGGCGGCUCCGGCCGGGAAACACCCCAGUGUCAGUGUCGGCUUAUCCGAGUGCGCUUCUCGCGUCGCCGCUCAAGAGCCUCUUGAAUUCCAGAGCUGGGUUUUACAGGGUUCCCUCGCCUUUCAACUCGCGAUCAGGAUUCAGCGGCAGUUUCGACUCCUACAGACGCGGCUGGAAAUCAUGGUUUAGAAGGCUAACAGUUGACAAUGUGGUUCUGGGGCUGAUAAUUGCAAAUGUUGCUGUUUUUAUGCUAUGGCAGAUUGCUGAUCGUAGUUUUAUGAUAAAAAACUUCACUAUUUCGAUAGACAACUUUAAGAGCGGUCGUCUGCACGUGCUGAUAACUUCGGCUUUCAGCCAUAUGACUAUGGAGCAUUUAAUCUCUAACAUGAUCGGUCUUUACUUUUUCGGGCACAAUAUUGGGAGAAAUUUCGGACCAGAAUUCUUGUUAAAGUUGUAUCUGGCUGGGGCUCUUGGUGGUUCAUUAUUCUAUUUGGUGCACCAUGCUUUCAUGCAUUCACAAGCGAAGGGUCAAGGAAUGUUCAGCAUAGACCCUUCAAGAAUGCCAGGAUUGGGGGCUAGCGGAGCUGUCAAUGCUAUCAUGCUCCUUAAUAUAUUUCUCUUUCCAAAAGCCACACUCUACUUGGACUUUAUCAUUCCAGUUCCUGCCAUCUUACUGGGAACUUUCCUGGUCAGCAAAGAUGUGUUGAGGAUAAUCAAGGGAGACAGUGAGAUAUCGGGAUCGGCUCACUUGGGAGGAGCUGCGGUUGCAGCUAUCAACUGGGCCCGACUAAGGAAAGGGCGAUUUUAAAUCUUCGGCUUCUCAUGUUGGUUUUGGCACGGAUAACUGAUUUUUUAUUUUUUCCGUUCCGCUUCUUCAUUUUUUUGAUGGAGGUGUCAAGGUCAUUGCCUCCAAGGUGUCGCUGAAAACUUAUAUAGCAGCCGGCAGAAACUGCUCUGGAGAUUUGUUAAAUUCUGAAAGAGAUGACAUCACAAUUGACGACGAGCUCUCUGUGCUCCAUGACUAAUAUGGUGGGAACAUUAUUGACGUACACAAUUAGACAAUCUUUGCACAAUAGCUCUUCUUAGACGUCGCUGGUAGAUGUUUGCUGCAUGCAUUGCUCGAAAUAUUUGUGGAGAUCGUUGGUUGAUUCUGCACUGGGAAGUAUCAGCCUGAUAGUCAUUGUUGCUCGCUCUGUUAGCAGAGCACUUUGAUGGGGAAGCAUUUGUCAAGAUGACCAAUAGUACAGGCUGUGUAGGGAUAUGCAAAGAAUAUUUAUUUGAAU